AAAAAAAAAAAAAAUGAGUAAAAUAUAUCAACUUAUCCUUCACGCACUUGGAAUCGCUUCUUUCACUUAUUCUUUUGCUAUAUUACCCUCCUUAAACAGAUACGAGAAUAUGAUUUUUCAAUUUACACACUUGACGAUAGUUGGAUUACUUUUUUCCUUGGUUGCUUUUGUUUUUGCGCUACUAUAUGAUCUAUUCUCUACUGUUAAAGUGAUAUCUUUCUUGAAGACUUGGUUUAUGGUUGUUACCGUACCAUUGGAAGGAUUGAUUUCUAUUUUAUAUUGGGGUUUGAUAAUUUACGAUGAAACGUUAUUAUUGGAUAAACCAAGAUUACCAAUAUUAAUUGAUUUGGGAUUUCAUUUAAUUCCAGCAGUCUGCUUGUGGACAGAUUUUUUAUUUUUCGCAAAGGAAUUUAGAAAAUCUCAUUCACAUAUAUUUUAUUUACUUUUAUUUGCUUUCUCUUAUGCUGUUUGGAUACAAUUUUAUUUUGUUAAUUAUGGUACUUGGCCUUAUCCGAUUUUAUCUAAAUUGGAAACUCAACAACGUAUUGGUUUUUAUUUCACUUGUUUUGCUUUAUGUACAGGAAUUUAUCAUAUAGGCGCAUUUAUUCAUACAAUAUUUAACAAACCAACACUUAUCAAAAAAGAUAAAGCAUUAUAAUUGGUAAGCCAUUUUUGUAUUUUAUUUAAUUAGAUUUUUUUU